GAAACUCGUAUACAUUUUUAUGUUUUACAUAUCUUUUUUCGAAAAAAAGUAACAAUAACUCACACAAUCGAAAUUGAUAGAAGAGCUCAAAAAAGAAUUAAGAAAUCUCAAACAAUAUUUAGAUUUCAGUGUAUUUGUACUUUUUCUUUGAAAUUAAACUAUUGUUCACGUUUGCGCUUGUAUGUGUGCAUAUGUGUCUUUUCCGCACAAGAAACACGCAAAAACCUACAUAUAUGCAAAGGCUGUAGCAAAGAAGUAGCAUAAAUUUCAUCCAAACAAAAGCAAAAUACGAAACAAAGAAAAUCCAAAGUAGUAAAUCACAGAGAGCAGUGCUGCGCAAGUGUCCUUCAACAGUAACUUUGUUAACAGCAACAGUUACGGCAACAGCAGCAAUAACAGCAACUAACCAGACAAAUUAUUACACCGUGAUUUUGUGUGCUUUUUUGCUGUGGAUUAUCAGAAAUUGACACCGUUUAAUUUUUGACUGUUGUUUCUGCCGCAACAAACGUUGACAACCGAAAAAUAAAAGCAAAAAUUAGAUACAUCAAUCGCGCAAACCAACACACAAACACACACACGUAGAGGGUAUUAUUUGAACAGAAAAACGAUAAAACAUUGUUUGAAAAACUCUACCGCCAUGGAUUCCUCAAAGCGAGAGCGAAUGAAUGAUUACUGGCAUAUACCGCGCGCUUCUCUAGCGUCGUCCUCGUCAUCAGGCGCCUCAUCGGCAUCUUUAUCAAAUGGCAGCAACAAAUCACAUUCGAACCCGCCUACGGUCGCAAAACGCAAAACACAUGCCAAUAAUCUUACGACAACGACGUCGUCUGCAAAUAAUGGCCAAAAACGUGAACGUUUUAUACCGAAUGGCAGAGCGCAAGGCACCAACACAAGACAAUCACGUGCAUACGAAUCAAAUACAACAUACAACACAUAUUUCGUCGGCAGUAUUAUGGAAGCAGCUCGAGGCCAAGCAAACGUCGGCACUUCCACAAAGAAACCAACAGCAACGCAUUCCAGCAGUCAUACAAGCCCCAUCACUACUGAUGCUGCAACCGCUGCAGCCGCAGUCCUAGCGGCAGCAAAGCGAGGUUCACGCUCUUCACAGGGGUCAAGUGAUAGCAAUAAUAGUACAAGAAGCGCAGCAUCUGGUUCAUUGCUAUUAACAGCAGCGAAUUUAGAACGCUUCGCAGAGAUACACAAAAAGCAACAAAAGCAAAAUAAAUUAUAUUUGGAGCAAUUGCCGCACAACAAUAUGCACAACAAUCGCAGCACCAAUCCCACUAUCAAUACUACUUACAAUGCAAAUUUGGUACACGCAAUAACAGCAGCACAGCAUCAGCAGAACAACAGCAGACAUAGUAGCAUACAACAACAUAAAACACAUAAUUACAAUAAUUACGGUUAUAGCAACCACAACGACAACGACGACGCUAUUAUUGAAAUUGAUCCCAAUUUGGAUUUCAUCAAAACCAAAGAACUUGACACUGUCUCCAUAGCGAGCUCAAUGCACUUUACAAUGGUCAACGGCGAGGGCAACGCCGCAAAGAAACCGAAGCGCGGCCUUUGCGAUCGUGGUCGUCAAGUGACAGUAUUGAUUAUCAGCAUGAGUACAGUAUUUAUGUUACUUAUCAUGGGCAUGGUUUAUGCACUUGAAAUGCGGGCACGCGUCAUGCCUCACAGUUAACAAAUACAACAGCAUAAACAAUGAAGAAGGCUUGGAAAAGGCUUUACUCGCAAUCACAACCUCAAAAAGGUUUCGUUGUGAAGUUGCGGUAAAAGUGAAGUUGCCAAACGGAACAGCUAUAUAGAGUGGCGGCUUAGCAUCCGAAUCAAAAUAUUUUAUUUAUUAAUAUAGUUAAUAGUUAAUCGUAUUUUAUUUAUUUAAAC